AUGGGGGGGCACAAACAAGUGCGCGUGCAGGCGACGGGAGAGGUAAUCCACGAGAGCUUCGAUCCUUUGGAACAGUACAACGUGGAGGACCAAUACUACUUCAAAGCCCUACAGAGUGGAUACGUGUUGACCCCUAAUUCGUACGGACAGACUGCUAGGUCGGUUAAUAUCGACACCAACGCAGAUAUCCCAAACAUUACGGGCGGACGCCGGAAGCGCAGACGUGAUCAUGGUGAUGAGGUUUCGGAUUCGUUCGACCACACCCACAUAAACAGUGGGGGUAAUUUCACAGGGAAUGGGGCAGGCCUGUGGCAGACUAUUUGGGUCGACCCCUAUCUGCUGCCUAGCAACGCGAGUAUCAUGGCGACGAGCAACAUGGUGCUGGAUGAGGAAACAGGCGAGAUAGAUACGGCGAUAGUGGUGGGGUUGUUUACGCGAGACCUGUUCAACCCAGCGAGUGAUGUGCAGGGUGUGCUGCACAGUGCUUGCAUCAAUUUUGAAGGCAUCAUCCUGGACGACCAGACAGCCCAUCUCACGGGCGAUAAUGAUUCUGGGUUGUCAGUUUUGCUUGAACAGGAACUCGACAGAAGCCUUUUACGACAACGGAGGUACGACGGCACCCACCCAGAGGAAGCACCCGCAGGCGACUCAGGGGUCAUGCGCAGUAUCGGACGGUACUAUGCACAGAGUGAGAACGUGCUACUGCGCACUAUCAUCACCAAGGUGUUGGAUGCGUAUGGCGACCUAGGCACUCUGGACCACACACAGCUUCACAGCGUCAAGGUCGACGGCACAACCUACUUCGCACGCACGGCGGAGGCGUCGUAUGAGGAGAUCAUGUACAACGGCACCGUGCGCGCUGCGAAGUUCAUUCAGCUUGUGUAUGUGAGUCAACAGAUCAUCUCGGCGCAGACGCUCGCUGACCGAGACAGGUACAUAUUGCUGAUGUGGGUGGCUGUGUUUGUGAUCAUCCUUGCGGCGUGUGCCUUGGCUAUUGCGGUGACCAUUCCAUUGGGCCAUCAGAGUAGAGCCCUCGAGCUUCUAGCGCUCAUGAUGGAUCCGGCCAUGGUGACUGUGCCCAUUGACUCUAAUUUCUGGGAAGUGCGACGGCUGCAGAUGAGUCUCAAAGGGUUUGGUAAGUCAUCCAAACUAACCCCUAAAACAAAAACUAAACCCUAUAACAAAAACUAA